AUGGAUUGUGACCCUGGAUCAUCUUCGUCUCCUCCGCCGAACCCGAACCUGUACGAUGGAGAAGUCUUGUGGACCAUCAACAACGCACCUACAAUAACAUACUUCAAACGAGGCGACACGAACCGGCCGCUAUGCGUGUUGAUACCAGGAGCCGCUCAUCUCGCUCGAAUCUUCUACGGCGGACACAAGAGCCACGAUCCUCGAGACUUUCUGGCCCACUGGCUUGUCACGAACCCGACAUCAAACCCCAAGUCAGGCAGUAGCAAGCUGGACUCCAUGACGGAAGGUGAAGCAGGCUACAACAUCCUUGCAAUCUCCUACCCACUUGAAACAACCCCUCCCCUUAUGCCAUCCACACGGCCGGACUUCACGGUGCGCGAAUGGGGUGUGCAAGCAGCCGAAGCGACCAAGCGUGUCAUGGACCGCGAAAGACUAUCCUGUGACGUCGGGGUGAUUCUACUGGUCUGGAGCAUGGCUGGCAAAAUCAUUGCUCCGUUCGAUCAGGCCGCAAGGGCACGUGGAUUCGAUGUACGGCUGGUUGUGUCGUUAAACUCCACGCCGCCCUUGCGCGGGCUCAGGGGGAACCCGCCGCGGCCGGCUGUGAGCCAGGCCGGUUAUGUCCAUGGUGGACAUGUCUCGGAUGAGUAUUUUCUCCGACAGCUUCGUGAGCAGCGUGCCAUCAAUUCUUGUGCCAGUACCAGCACGAGCGGCUCAGAAAGUGUCGACGGUGGGAAGAACAGCAAUAACGACUCCAAGAGCGGGAAUAGUGGCAACAGUGACAAUACCAACGGCAGUGGCAGCAUCAUCGUCCCCGACGACAUCUUCAUCAAGGAAUAUACCGGAAACUUUCCCGUCGGUCUGGCCGCAUGGGGUCUACGAUGGUCUCGACAGGAUCAAGAUGGCACAACUAUCAACAAUGGCAAUAGCACCGUCCACAGCAGCAGUAAUGGGGGCAAAAUGAUCGAUGACCCUCAUGCCGGCUACGAAGUCUUCGAUGAAACCACAAUCAAGGACCUUCCGCCCAUGUGUGCCCUGUAUGGCGACAGUCCCGCCGACCUUCGGCACUCGGCAGGCGAUCGGUCCAUGUGGGCGUUUCUCAUAUCACACAAUCUUAUGGGCGGGAUCAAUGCCAAGGAGAGCCGGUUUCUCGCGGAGAAUCCAGAGGUAGGAAAAAGGGUGAUCAAGUUGAUCCACGCCGCACCGGAUAGAUUAUGUGCUGAAGUAGAAGGGGGUCAUCAUUUCUUCUUGGGGGAGAAGGGCGCUAAGAGGACUGCGACCUGGGUGAUAGAGAUGGAAAAAAGGAUGCAGGAAGUGAAGCGGGAGUUGGAUAUUCUCCUGGGACGGGAUCAAACUCGAUAG